GACGGAUACUUAUCUGGAAGGUGGAAACUCAAAAUAUUUUUAGCUAAUUACGAAUGAAAUAUUGAUAGAGCAAACGUUAAGAAUAGUUUUUAUUCAACAUCCAUAAAUCAAGAGCCAAAACCACAUAUUUAAGUCGUGUUAUUGUGUGGAUUAUCUGGACAAAAUGUCCCACCAGACUGGAAUCCAGGCGAAUGAAGAAUUAUUAAAGUUCUUCAGUAAAUGUAGAGAUGGAAAAAUACGUGUUGUUAAAAUCAGCAUUGAGAAUGAGCAAUUAACUUUAUCUACACAUCAACAAGUUAAAGGGACUUGGGAACAGGAUUUUGAUAAAUAUGUCCCUCCAAUGAUUGUGGAUGAUCUUCCUUGUUACAUUUUGUAUAGGUUUGAUUCAACCAAUUCUCUAGGACAUGAAUGGCUCCUCCUUAGUUGGUCUCCCGACAGUGCUCCAGUCAGACACAAGAUGUUAUACGCAUCAACCAAAGCUACAUUGAAGCAAGAGUUUGGUUCCUCGCACAUUAAGGAUGAAAUGCAUGCUACAACUAAGGAUGAAGUAUGCUUGAAAGGAUAUAAAGCACAUCUGAGUGGGGUGGCUGCUCCAGCGCCGCUAACCGACAGAGAAGAGGCCUUGAAGGAAUUGAAUGAGAGUGGGCAGGGUCCCAAUUAUGGUACAGAUGCAAGGCAGUCAACUAUGGGUGGAAUAUCUUUUCCUAUAACAGAAUCAGCAAAACAGGGCAUUCUUGAUCUCCAAAGAGGUUCCUACAAUUAUUUACAAUUUAAAAUAGAUUUAGAAGAAGAACAAAUAUGUCUAGCCAAGGCUGCAAUUAUAACUCUGCCUGAGUUACCUGCUCAGGUGCCGGCCAAUGAAGCCAGAUAUCAUUUGUAUAUAUUCAAACACACACAUGAGGGUGAUCAGCUUGAAAGUAUAGUAUUUAUAUAUUCAAUGCCUGGAUAUACCUGCAGCAUAAAAGAGAGGAUGAUGUACUCCAGUUGCAAGGGACAGUUCCUUGAAUUAAUUGAAAAGAUGGGUGUUGAAGUAACAAAGCGAGUUGGUGUUGAUGAAGGCAAGGAAUUGACUGAAGAAUUUUUAUAUGACGAAAUCCAUCCUAAAGUGAACUUACAUCGUCCAGCAUUUGCCAAACCAAAAGGUCCGCCAAAUAGAGGUGCGAAACGAAUUACUAAAGCUCAGUCCACACAAUAAUAUUAUAUUAUACAAGGAAUAAGACUUCAUAGAAAAAUCUAUGCUUCUUAUUAAUUUAUGAUGAAGUAUAGUGGUACAUUUUUAUGCAAAAUAGUGUUUGGAAAGGUCAUCAAUUUAUUUUUAUUAUUAAUAUACUUUUAAAUAUUUCUCACAUUUGGAUAUUUCUAUUGCGUGUUCGAAAAUAAUAAAGAUUUUUGUUAAUUAUAAUCUUAUAGUCUACAAUAUAGCUCAAUCUUCAAUAGAGUAAUUGCAUGUGACCUUUUAAGAAAACUCAAAAAUAUUUAUUUGAAUUGUAUUCAAACUAUUAUGUAUUUGAUAAAUAUGUUAUUGUUUAAGUUAAAGCUAUUUGUAGAUUUAAGCUAUUUAUUUCUGCAUGACAUGUAUAAUUGUUAAAAUUAUGUGUAUAAAAAGAAAAAAUAUAUACCUAUAUAAAAAUUGUCUUCCUAAUAUUCAAACGAUAAUUGAACAGGCUUUUUUAUUAUUAUUUUCAUAUAAGGUACUAUAAUAUUAUAUAGUACCAAUUAAUAAGUUUGAAAGAUUUUGAUUUUGAAUAAUACAAAAACGGCUCGGUCGCCACAAGGUAGCAUGAAUAAUCCUUAAACUAGGUGCUAAUUAUGUCAGAUGCAUGAAGGUUUUUAUAAAUAUUAUAACGGGUAAAUAUUUGGCACAAAAUAACAGCAAAAAAAUCAACAGGUUAAUUAACUUAACAUUAUAUUAUUUAAUGUAAUAGUCAGAUUUAUUUUAAACUAGCUGUGCCGCGCGGUUUCACCCGCGUGUCUCCGCUCUUGUUAGUCUAACGCCUUUAGUACACCUUUUUUUUUAUAGUGGGGAAAUCUUCCAAAGAUACCCACGGCCCCCGGGGAAGGAGCCGUGGGUUAUGUCGGAUUCUUACCGACUAAAACCCCACUGUGUUCCGUCGAGCCGCUUUAAUGAGGGGGCCGCGGGUAUUUGUUAGAAUUCUUCCGCAACGCCUUUAGUACACCUACGCAUUCGUAUGCGGCAGCGAAUCUCUGCGAAACUACUGCGUAGCGAAAUAUCUGCGGAACGUGGGCGUUAGCGUGAUAAUAUUAUAUCUUAGCCUAUAUUACUCGUGGAUAAUGUAGCUUUCGAAUGGUGAAAGAAUUUUUAAAAUCGGUCCAGUAGUUUAUGAGCCUAUUUAUUAUAAUCAAACAAACAAACAAAGUUUUCCUCUUUAUAAAAUUUGUGUAGAUUUAUUGUGUUAUAAAAUGGAUCGCCUGAUCAAUAGACUACAUUUUAUAUCAUUAUGUUUUACAUGGUAUGUUUUUAAUAUUGCCAAUGUGCAAAAUUCUAAUUCAUAAUAUGUAAUUUAAUUGUGAAUUUCUGUUUUGGAAGAUUAUUAGUUAUUACUUAUAAUUUUAAUAAAGUAUUUUAUAAAAAAGCAAUAUAAUGACCAGUAUUAAUGCUUCAAAAUGUUUCAUUUUCUAUAUUUUAAUUGAUUAAUUAUUACGCUUUUAAAUCAUUCUUUAUUGCAAUUGAAAUUUUUGUCAUUGUUAAUACAAUUUUUAUCAUCUUGUAGACUUUUUUGUACUUGUGUAUUGUGGGGUCAGUCAAUGUCCUAUUAGAUUCUUGCCCAGUUUUAAUAAGUGUUUAAUCAAAUGAAUAAUAAUAAUCAAAUGUAAGAUUAUGGUCUAUUUACAUUCAAUAUUUGAGAUGAAUAUUUUUUUAAGUACAUAUUUGUUGUCGUUUUAAUCUCACCAGAUAAGCUUGUAACUGUGUUUAAAAAUUAAUAAACUGGCUACUCACCUACCUGCAGCAGGGGCAAAAUUGUAAUUGCACCCAAUUGGCUCCUUAAUAAUCGUGAUGUGUAUAGGCAAGCAGGAGCAAUUUAGAGAACACCGAAAUUGAUCUAACCGCCGUGAAACCGAGAUUGUUUCAAUAUUGCCCCUGUGUCAGGUAUGUGAGUAGCCGGCUUUAUAUUAUGAUACCAAGUUUUUCUUUCUUUUUUGUUUUUUCAUUUGAAUGUUACUGUAUUGUAUCAAGUGCUUUUACAUAACUGGAGAUUAAUAUAUGUAAUGUAAUAUAAUUUUGCAUAUUAUAGUCAACAAUAAUUUAAUAAAUGAUUUUUAUAAUGUA